CGCUCACCGUGGCUGCUGGCGGGGGUCGCCUGCCUGAGCUGUGAAAGCUGCCUGGGCAGAGAACCGCCCUGCACCGCGCUGGAGCUCCCCUUUAGCCCUGGGGCGGCUAUCAAGAGACACCUGUAGCCGGAGCAGAUGGAGACUCCCAGGAGCUGUGUUUGUACCAGAUUGAGUGGUGGUUUGGGAGUUAGUACCUGUGGGGAGGACAGUUUCCUGUAUUUUGCUUAUGGCAGUAACCUGCUUCGGGAGAGGAUCCUGCUGAAAAACCCAACUGCCACUUUCUAUGCUGUAGCCAACUUGCAGGAUUUUAAACUCGUUUUUGGCAGUCAUCAAGGCAAAGCAAGCUCUUACUGGCAUGGAGGUACAGCUACCAUUGUUCAAAGCCCUGGAGACGAAGUGUGGGGAGUAGUAUGGAAAAUGAACACUAGCAAUUUAAAUUCGCUGGAUAAGCAAGAAGGAGUUGCAGGUGGUAUUUACAUUCCAAUAGAAGUUAACAUUCCAACGCAAGAGGGAAAAAUACUGACCUGUCGAAGUUAUCAGAUGAGUGAUUGUGUCUGUGAUCUCCCAUCACCACAGUACAAAAAAGUUAUCUGUAUGGGUGCAAAACAGAAUGGCUUACCAACUGCCUAUCAGAAGAAAUUAGAAGCUAUAGAAACAAACAACUAUGCAGGACCAGUAUCAGUCUUUGAAGAACUUGAAGCUACUAUUAAAGAGAAGGAAACAACAACUCGUUAGAAAAGUAUCCCCAAAAUAUCUCCACUUCAACUUCCUUACCUGAUUUAAUUCUGUGGCCUGUGUUAUACUGAAGUCAGAUUAGAUUAUCACUGUGAUCCUUUCUGGUCUUGGAAUAUAUGAAUUUUUCAUUUUGAUUUAGACAUCUAUUGCUAAUCAGUGUAUUGAGAAGAUAAUUUCCUUCUUUGAUAAAGAAGGGUGAACUUGAUAUGUUUGUGUAGUUCAGUAAGGUAUUGGAUUGAAUAUGCAAUUUAAGAUCCUAAUCUUGCAAAGACCUAUGUACAUGCAUAACUGUAUGUACCACAUCUAAAGUUAAGUACGUGUAAAUCUUUGCAAAGUUCAGCUUAACUUUCUGUAGUUCUCAUACCGUGCUGGUAAAGUUCAUAUAGUUCUUUAAUACAGCUAUAAGCAGAACUAAAGAGAGAAGCCAGCUUGGUAGUCAUGUGCAUAGGCUGCUGUGUUCAAAGAUUAAGAGUUGCAGGAUCAAACUACAGUUCUUAAGUGCUGUGCUGCCACUGCACAGAUAGCUGACACGGCAGACCCCGAGAGAAGUCCCAAAGACCACAGACUCUAGUAAGGUAUGAAGGAACCCGAGCCAGGUUUAUUGUCAAACGAAGCACAGUAAUAGUUUCCUAUAGACUUUACAGGACAUACUAUGAAUAUGUGCGCCCUGGCAAUGGGCACAGCUCAGUCAGUGGCGGGACUUUCCACUGCCCCCUAGGCUGGCCAAAGAUGCGCACUCCAGGACCUACUUUUA